CCCUUUUCGGCCAGAUCAACUCCACCAUUUUCAUCGUAGCAACUGAAUAAGAUGAACAAAAUGAGAAUUCUCUUAUCAACUGCCCCUCGAUUGCCCCUCAUCUCGAAUAUAUAUAGAGGGGUAAUUCAUCGACAUCAAGUUCCUCAACACAUCAAUCUUUCAUCAAAUCAUCUACAUUCAUCAUGGAGAACGCAUCUUUUGUUCUGCGCGACAUCAAAGACGUUGUCAUUGAAGACCGUCCCAAGCCUGUCAUCAAGGACCCUCACGAUGUGAUGGUCCACGUUGCCCAGACUGGUAUCUGCGGCAGUGAUGUCCACUAUUGGCAGCGAGGCCGUAUCGGCGACUACAUCCUCACCGGCCCCAUGGUCCUGGGUCAUGAAUCCUCCGGUGUCGUUGCUGAGGUCGGCGACAAAGUCACUCACCUCAAGCCUGGAGACCGCGUCGCCAUGGAGCCUGGUGUUCCCUGCCGUCGCUGCGACUACUGCCGCAAAGGCGCCUACCAUCUCUGCGGCGACAUGAUCUUCGCGGCCACUCCUCCGUGGGACGGCACUCUGGCCAAGUACUACAUCAACGCCUCGGACUUUUGCUACAAGGUGCCCGACAACAUGAACCUCGAAGAAGCCGCCAUGGUUGAGCCUGUGUCGGUUGCCGUGGCUAUCUCCAAGACGGCCGAUUUGCGUGCCCACCAGACUGUGCUUGUCCUGGGUUGUGGACCCAUUGGUGUCCUCUGCCAGGCUGUCGCCAAGGCAUGGGGUGCUAAGAAGGUGAUCGGUGUUGAUGUCGUCCAGUCUCGCCUGGAUGUCGCCCAGUCGUAUGGUGUCGACCACACGUUCAUUCCUUCUCGCGCAGAGGCCGGUUCAGACCCCAUGGCCCAUGCCGAGAAAGUGGCCGAGAUGAUCAAGAAGGAAUUCGACCUUGGCGAGGGCCCCGAUGUCGUCCUGGAAUGCUCUGGCGCGGAGCCCUGCGUACAACUCGGUGUUUAUGUCGCCAAGCGUGGUGCAACUUUUGUGCAGGCCGGUAUGGGCAAGGAAGUCAUCCAGUUCCCCAUCACUGCUGUGUGCACUCGAGGUCUGAACAUCAAGGGCUCCAUUCACUAUCUCACCGGAUGCUACCCAGCCGCCAUUGAUCUCAUCUCCAGCGGUCAGGUCGAUGUCAAGCGACUGAUUACCAACCGCUUCAAGUUCGAAGAGUCCGAGCAGGCCUUUGAGCUGGUCAAGGCAGGACGACAAGAUGUCUUCAAGGUUAUGAUUUCUGGCGUUGGAUUUUAGGAAAAUAUCAUUCAUGUUUGUUUAUGAUGAGGCGUUGAUGAAGAGGUUGUGUGUUUUGCAUGAACGAAAUUAUAGAACGGGUUUG